AUGGGUUCCCUGUCCUUUCAAGCCACUCAUGCCAUCAUUUGGCCCACUUACGGUAUACUAUUAAUUACCGCUUCAGCUGUGGCAUAUUGGACUAGAUCUUCUAAGAAUUUCUUAUCUGCAAAUGGUACUCAAAAAGGUCUCCCAUUAGCUUUCAAUUUCGUUGCUUCAGGUUUAGGUUGUGGUGUUUUAUCAUCGUAUCCACAAAUUGCUAACAUCGAUGGUCUUCAUGGUUUAUUGGUAUAUGCUUUAUCCGGUGGUUUACCAAUGUUUUUAUUCGCUUUCUUGGGUCCACUUAUUAGAAAAAAGACUCCAAAUGGUUUCGUUUUAACUGAAUGGGUAUUCCAUAGAUUCGGUUUACUAGCUGGUUGGUAUUUAAGCGCUUGUACCAUCUUAACUGUCUAUCUUUUUUUAGUCUCAGAAGUCGCUUCUUUGAAAUACGCUAUAGAAACUUUAACAGGUAUAAACGCUUUACCAGUUAUUAUCAUAGAAUGUGUCGUUACUUCUAUCUAUACUAGUAUUGGUGGGUUUAAUAUUUCCUUUCUUACUGAUACAAUCCAAGUGAGUAUCGUAUUCAUUUUGCUGAUCAUCGUAGCAUGUGCAAUGGGUAGUUACGUAGAUAUCGACAAAUCAUUGAUUGGUCCUUCUGGUUUAUUAAAGGCAAAUAAAUUAGGUUGGCAAUUGGUUUACAUCUUACCUGUCGCAGUCUUCACUAAUGACCUAUUCAUGAGUGGCUUUUGGUUACGUACUUUUGCCGCUCGUUCAAAUAAAGAUUUAUUAAUCGGCUGUUCUAUCGCUUGUUUUAUUUUAGUUGCAUUCGUCACCGUGGUAGGUGUCACUGGUUUCAUCGCAGUAUGGGCUGGUUUCGUUUCCGUCGCUGAUCAAGAAAACUCUGGUGCAGCUUUCUUCAUACUAUUGGCCCAAUUACCUUCCUGGGUCAUGGGCUUUACUCUAGUUUUUAUUUUGGUACUAUCCACAUGUACUUUAGAUUCCCUACAAAGUGCUCUAGUAUCCACUGUCUCAAACGAUAUCUUUAGAAAUAAAUUACCAAUUUUAAUAGUUCGUGGUAUCGUCAUCGCAAUCAUGGUUCCUGUCGUUGUCGUGGGUUUAAUCGCACAAGACGUUUUAACCAUCUAUUUGAUCGUCGAUUUAUUAUCAAGUAGUGUCGUUCCUGUUCUAGUCAUUGGUCUAUGGUCUAAGAUGGACAACAUUUGGACCGCAUGGGAAGUCAUUAGUGGCGGUGUUGGUGGUAUUUUAGGUGUCUUCAUCUUUGGUUCAAUUUAUUACCAUUCAGCAAAAGAAGGUGGUAAAUUAUUAAUCAUCUCAAAUGGUUUAUAUGUUGAUGAUUGGAGUACCUUUGGUGCAUUCGUUGUGGCCCCAGGUGCAGGUAUCGUUACGUCAUUAGGUGUCCUUGCUUUCAGAUUAUCCAGUAUUAGAUUAUAUAAUUCUGAAACUGCCAUUGGUAGGACGUACAAGAAAUCAUGCAUCAAAAUGGGUACAAUCACAGGUAUAAUUUCACUAUACCAUUUCGUUCAAUAUUGGGAAAAUAAAUUAAUUUACAGUUCAGGAGAGGUACAAUUAGAAGGUGGUGAAGAGGAUGAAUCAGAAGAACCAAUCAUUGAUUUCCAUGAAAUAUCUGAAGAUAAUGAAUUAUCUAAAUCUCAUACUAAAUCUACAGGGAAUAUUACUGUAAAGUCAUACGACAGAGAAAGUAACAGCUUGUGA